AUGGCGCGAGGCUUGGAACAUAUUGCAAAUAUAUUCAAGAAGCAUGUCACAGACGCAGAUGGUCAUGAAGACACGGAGAAACAUGUCUUAAUCAGAAAAUUGGUUGAGCUACAUGAUAAAUACAUGGUCUCUGUCACUGCCUAUUCCCAAAACCGCACCCUCUUUUACAAGACUUUGAAAGAAGAGUUUGAGAGUUUUUGUGGACAAACAUCGAUGGAAGCUCUUCAGAUGCUGAGUUACUCGCAACAUUCUGCGACAGAAUCAUCCUCAAGAAAUGGGGAAGUGAGGAGGAGCUGA